CUCCGGCAAGAUGGCAGCGGCGGCGGUGGGUCGAGCCGGGCUGGGCUUCCUGCGGGGGCUUCGGCUCCCCGGCCCGGCCGGGGUCAGGGGGCUGCGCGCAGGAGGGGGGAGUCUUUGGCAGCAGGAAUUCACCUCCCUGGAGGAGAAACCUCAGUUCCCCGGAGCCUCGGCUGAGUAUAUCGACAAGCUGGAAUUCAUCCAACCCAACAUCAUUUCGGGGAUCCCCAUUUACCGGGUCAUGGACCGGCAGGGGCAGAUUGUCAACCCCAGUGAGGAUCCCCAGAUUUCCCAGGAGGAAGUGCUGAAAUUCUACAAGAGCAUGACGCUGCUCAACACCAUGGAUCGAAUCCUCUACGAGUCCCAGAGACAGGGGCGAAUUUCCUUUUAUAUGACCAACUACGGAGAAGAAGGCACCCAUGUAGGCAGCAUCGCGGCUCUGGACGACGCUGACCUGGUCUUCGGACAGUACCGAGAAGCAGGUGUGCUGAUGCACCGGGGCUACCCUCUGGACCUGUUUAUGGCCCAAUGCUACGGCAACACCAGUGACCCCGGGAAAGGCCGCCAGAUGCCCGUGCAUUACGGCUGCAAAGACUUGAACUUCGUCACCAUCUCAUCUCCGCUGGCCACCCAGAUCCCACAAGCGGUGGGGGCCGCCUAUGCCUUCAAGCGGGCAAACACAAACCGCAUCGUCAUCUGCUACUUCGGCGAAGGGACGUCCAGCGAGGGGGAUGCCCACGCCGGCUUCAAUUUUGCCGCCACCCUCGAUUGCCCGGUCAUCUUUUUCUGCCGGAACAACGGCUACGCCAUCUCCACUCCAACCUCUGAACAAUACCGGGGCGAUGGAAUCGCUGCCCGGGGUCCCGGUUACGGCAUCCAGUCUAUCCGUGUAGAUGGCAACGACGUCUUUGCCGUGUAUAAUGCCACUAAGGAGGCCCGGCGCCGAGCCGUGGCCGAAAACCAACCGUUCCUCAUUGAGGCUAUGACCUACAGGAUCGGGCACCACAGCACCAGCGAUGACAGCUCAGCCUACCGCUCCGUGGAUGAAGUCAAUUAUUGGGACAAGCAAGACCAUCCCAUCUCACGACUCCGUCACUACAUGACGAGCCGCAACUGGUGGGAUGAGGAGCAGGAGAAGAGCUGGCGGAAGAAAUCCCGCAAACGGGUGAUGGAGGCCCUCGAGGAGGCCGAGCGGAAGCUGAAGCCCAAACCGCAACUCCUCUUCUCGGAUGUCUACAGCGAGAUGCCCUGGCACAUCGCCAAGCAGCAGACUUCGCUGGAGCGUCACCUGAACCAAUACGGAGAACAUUACCCUCUGGAUCACUUCGAGAAGUGAAUCCCGGCCUAGCGGGGGACACCCUUCCCCCAACCCCGAGGGCUGGUGCCCCCCCCCAUCAUGCCAGGGUGCCAGUCGGGCCUGUUGGCAUCUCCAUCAUCCAUCCCCGGUCACGCCCCCCCACCCCACCCCAAAAUCUCUCUCUCUUUCGUUGCGGGGGAUGCUUAUCCGGUAUUCCAUCCAUCCUCUGUUUCCGGUCGAAGUCAUCUCUGCAUCCCGCCGAGAUUUUCUUCCCAAAGUGGGCCACUUGGCUUUAUCGUUCCACUUCCAUUUUUCUUUUUUCUUUUAAAGACCAGCUCCGAAGAAGAGAGAGGGGUGGGUUUAGUCAGCCUGUGGCAAGAGACAAGUCAGGAUGAGCGAGCGCCGCACUUUCUGGGGACAGUUAAAAGGAGGUUUAAUGCACCGCUAGGUGCAUUUCUGUAGAACUGGGGAGGAGGUGGGUUUUCCUUUCGGCCCGCUUUGAUCUUCGAAGACUUCUCUUUGAAUUUGGUUUCUGGCUCAAGGGACACUCCCUCUCCUCCUGGGUUCUUGGAAAAUAUAGAAUUGGGCUGGCACUAUUUGGGGUCUGAGAUAUAGUCUGGCACUGGGGCCCCGCCUGGCAUUCUGUUUUUCGAGCAACGUAUUCAUCUUCUAUGAUUCACCCCAGCUGUCCAUUUUCGAUUGCUCCUCCACUCUUCUCUUCACGGGCCUUUAAGAAAAGUUCCUUUCCCCCUCAUUUUCAAAGCAAAGGGGAGUAGCUACUACUUUGUCACUAUAGCAAUAGUCAGAGGGUCAUAACAACAAUAGCUGUAGGGUUUUUACAGAAGGCUGAUGGGAGUUUUAGAAAUUAGCAUUCAAGGAUUGAAUAGCCUCAAGUGA